AUGGGGACGAGUGGCUCACGCGGAGAACAAAAAGCUGCUUUUUGGGACGACGGAGGGAUUGAGAUCGAAAAAGAGGGGGCUUCUAUUGGAGCGACUACUCGAGCUGAGCAACAGUUGUAUACGUAG